AUGGCAACUAUUACUUGUUCCAACACCAGUGGUAUAUGUAGUGAUCUUAAUGAAAUGAAUGGUGACCCACACAGAAUUUGGCUAGGGUGUCUCCCAAAACGUAUUACGGAAUUUUCGGUUUUGCAGCUAGCUAAACAAUUCGGAGAUUUAUCCGAUUUCCAUUUUCCUGUGCAUAAGACUGGCGAUAUGCAAGGAUCUACAGUUGGUUAUUGCUUUCUGACAUACAGGUCAGUGGAUGAUGCUAAGAAAGCUUGUAAAGUGUUGAAUGGUUUGGAUUUUCAUGGACAUACUUUAGUUGCUAGACCUGCUCGGCCAACUCGAGACGAAUUGACCGUUGCACAACGCUCAUAUGAUGAAGCUUCGAGAUUUAGAAUAAUGGAAGAAGCUAUACAACGUGAAGCUCAACUAUCAGCUAUGAUGGCCAUAUGCGAUUCUACAAGUGUUUUAUCCAAUUCUAUUGAAAACCCGUCUAGUGGAACAAUUUCUGACGAACAGAUUUCUACUCCGAAAAUAUCUUCCUACGCUAAUUACCUGUCUGCUUCAUCUUCCCAUGUUCACAUACCUGAUUUAUGCGGAAAACGUGACCUAAGCCAGAAUUCUCAAACAAGUUCUAAUAUAAAUUCUCAUAAUUUAACUUUGGGAGCAUCUUCGUGCAGCAUCAAUCAUCAUCGUCGUUCAAAACAUCAAAUAGAAACCAAAACAGCUAUACAUCGAAUUGAACGGGCUUUAAAAAAUCUGGAGAAAACACCAAUCGGUGGUGUGGCCUCAUUGAAACCAAUUACAAAUGGUCAUAAUAAUCCUUAUUCUGAUAUAUUAAUAUUAAAAUCAGCGAAUCCUGUAAAAUGUAACAAUAAUAAUCGAAUUCACUUUUCUACAUCGUCGCCAUCUGUAUCUUGUUCUAGGCGAAGAACUAUUAGGAAAACACGCGAUAAUAAUACGACAAAAUUACAUGCGCUUCCCCAUCAUCAUCGAUGUACUGAAUCAAAUGAUCAACUGAUCUGUAAACGUGAUUUUAUUGCACAUCCUAUUUAA